ACUAGUAAGUGCAAAACAAUGAUUUAAAAAAUUAUAAAAAGAAAAGUUUCCCCUCUUUUUAGCAGACAUUACCAAGAAUAGGUGAACGUCAUAAUUUCGAUUUAUUAAGUAACAUCCUGCAAUAUCAAAAAUUGCUUUUUAUUAAAAGUUAAUUUUAAAUAUUCAUUCUUCAAGUGCAAUCUAAUAGAUUUUGGAGUAAAAUUUUAUUUAUUUAUAAACCAGGUGAAAAUGGGUCGUCGACCUGCUAGAUGUUAUCGUUAUUGUAAAAAUAAACCAUAUCCAAAGUCACGUUUCUGUCGUGGUGUUCCCGAUCCGAAAAUAAGAAUUUUCGACUUGGGAAAAAAGAAAGCAACUGUGGAGGAUUUUCCACUGUGCGUUCAUUUAGUUUCCGGCGAAUAUGAACAAUUGAGCUCCGAGGCCCUUGAAGCGGGUAGAAUUUGUGCGAACAAAUAUAUGGUGAAAAAUGCAGGAAAAGAUCAAUUUCACAUUCGAAUGAGAUUGCAUCCAUUCCACGUUAUUCGAAUUAAUAAAAUGCUAUCGUGUGCCGGAGCUGAUAGACUCCAAACGGGAAUGAGAGGAGCUUUUGGAAAACCCCAGGGAACAGUUGCACGCGUUCAUAUUGGUCAGCCAAUAAUGAGUGUUCGCUCAUCUGAUCGUCACAAGGCAGCAGUAAUUGAAGCACUUCGUCGUGCAAAAUUUAAAUUUCCCGGUAGACAGAAAAUCUACGUCUCCAAAAAAUGGGGCUUCACUAAAUACGAUCGUGUCGAAUAUGAGGAUUUAAAAUUAAAAGGACGUCUCGCGCCCGAUGGAUGUAUUGUGAAAUAUCUACCGGAGCAUGGUCCAUUAAAUAACUGGAAGAAAUUCCGUGAAAACAUGACUGAGUAAAAAAUAAUUAAUUAUUUCUACUUAUAUCAGUAUGAAUAAAAUUUUAUUAAAUCUACAAAAAAAACACCUUAUUAAAUACAGUCGAUUUUUUUUAAACUUCUACAACAAAAAAUAUAUAUAAAUUUUAUAAUAACGAUUAGGUAAAUUAAAAUAAAAAAAAAAAUUAACUAAACUAAUACAUUUUUUUUCGUAAUUUUUUGAAAAAAUGCACUUUAUAUAGUUGCAAGCAGUUUUCAAACUUUUUCAAAGUAUUUGAAAAAAUUCUAAAUUCGUCGAGAUUUUUCAAUAUUUACAGUUUUUUUUCUAAUAAUUUACAAAUUGCAUCGAGUACCAUGCAGUCGAAAUACAGGGCAGUCUUAUUUGAUUCAUUUUUCUUUAUAUUACCAAUUCUAAUCUUAGAAUAUAAAUAAUGAGCUUUAAAUAUUUCUAUGCGUCCAUUAAAAUUAUAAUUCUUAAAACUGAAGAAAAUAAGAACGGAAUUAAAACUUGAGAAAAUAUUAAAA